AUGGAUAACUUUGGUCAUCUGCAAGAUGCUCUUUUUGAUUUAAACAUUAAUGUGCCUGAUGAAGAAGAAGAACGACAGCUGUUACCUCAGUGGAAGGACAUUACAGAGUUCUUGGAUGAGGCGACCAGUGAAUUUAAGGAUGGACAAUUGGUUCAUUUAAAGUCAUUCACCUUGUUUGAAGCGAUGAGUGCAAUUGAAAUCAUGGAUCCACGAAUGGAUACAGGUGUCAUUGUGAGUGAACAAGAACCAUUUGACAUUUCGAGAAGAAUGUCAGCUGAAGAAACGUUGGACGUGAUGGAUAAUCUUGUUACAAGAGAAAUAGCCUGGUUAGCUGGUCAUUCACUCUCUCAGACUGUCUAUACAUGUAUUUACUUUCACCAUAUGAAGUCCCUCAAUGAAUUAUCAUCUAGUGUUGUUACAUCAAUGAGUAUAGAGGAUAUAGCCUAUAGUGCUCUGAGGAUAUAUGUAUUGGCUACUAUAAAAUGCUGUAAUUAUAUCUGGACAGAGAUGACACAAGGAAAUGUCUAUGAAGAAGAAGACUUUACAACCAAUCUGUUCGGUUUAUCGUUCAAUGGCCAACUUCCUGAUGUUUGUAUCCUGAAUGAUCUUGAUACAUCCAUCAUGAACCUUACCCGAAUCACUGAACAACAAGACAAGAACACUGCUGCGAUACAAGCUCUUUUGAAUAGGAUCAAGAUUCGUAAAUCAUAUCUUUUAUCACUCAUCUACUUAUCGCAGAAUGAAGCGCCUCAUUUGGCAAGAGCAAAGACGGAACUAUCUGAGCUUGCAAAGUUAUUAAAUGCUGUUGAUUUGUCACCUGCACGCGAAGUAAAAGGCGCGUUUGAUCCAAACAUCAGUCGAAAGCUCACCUCUCAGACACCUCCUCGGCCUGUGGAGCUAGAAUCAAAAGAGAAGUCAUACGCAUCAUUUUCACAGCUUAUUCAACGUCUCUGGUCUAUUUGUGAUGUAACUGAUUACCCUUCUGUUACUUCCCUAAUGAACUUUUUUGAUGCCUUUGGAUCAAAAACGCCCUACGCAGAUGCUUUUUCAAGAUCCAAGCUGAAUACAAUACUCUUUCAUAAUCAACGUGUGUUUGGCACUCAAAGUAUCUCUUAUUUGAUCCUCAAAUCUGUAGAAGAGACAGUACAACCACCUCCGUAUUGGUUAACAUCCAACUGCAAGUUACCGAUUGGAAUGAACUCAGACAAGUUGGUACAAGCCCAUCAAGUCUUGAAAACUUUUUUGGAUAGAAUAUCAAUGGUAUUUUUAGAAUUAUUUAGAAUCAAUUGCCAUAAUAGAUCUCGGCAAAGAAGACUGCUCUGUAAAAUGGUCGGUGAGUGGCAGGUAUUAGAAGAAGAAGCAGCGAAUAUAGAUGAGACGUUUCAAGACUUGGUAGUCUCCGAAGAUACUGAUUUACCUUACUACUUCUCUUCGUGGGCGUACCAUAUCAAAAUGACAAUGAUUGAAAAGAUUUUAUUUCUGGGGUUUGAGUUGGAGCUCUAUGGGAAACAUGAGUAUACGAUGAUUUUGUGGUAUACUCGCAUCUUGUUGGACAGCCGUAAUUUCCUACUCGAGAGAAUUGACCGAUUUACUGUUGAACGAUCUAAUUUUAUUCGGGCUCAACUUUAUAUGAAUCAUGCCACCAGCCUAAUGACAGAGGCGUUACUAAGAAUAGCAGCAUCCAUCGAGUGUACCGGACAGUGGAACCAACGUAAGCCAGUCUUUGACGAUGGCUUCACGAGAUACUUGCAACGAUUCAAGCCAUUUCUGAACUUGGCUUCACCUCCUGUGCCGCAAUACGAGUCUUACCUUGCAACAGUUGAACUGCAUGAUUUUGAUUUGGGUACUAUGAAAGCAGCUGUCAAGGAUAACUUGACGCAGGCUAGGAAAUUGUUGGAUGAGGUUUUAAAAAUACCCGAUAAUGAGCUUCAUGUUGAAAUGUGCUCAGAUUAUGCUAGAGAGAAUAUCAAAAAUAUGGCGCGUUCUUGUGUUGCUAAUAAUAUCGGACUGAAUUAUAUGAAACACAAGGGAGAUGAACUGUCACUAGUAUCCAAAUAUCAUCCUUGGUUCCCUGUGAUCACUAAAUAG